UUUCUCUCCCAAGCAUAGUGUAUAGUGAGUGAAAUCCUCAAAGUGUGAGCCUUUUCUAUCACCAUUUUAACUAAUGAUCUGUCUCUUUAAAAGUCAUCAAAGUGGAGCGUCUUCUUUUCACUAUCAAAGAUAAAGACAAGCUAUUUUUACUUUUAGAGGGUUUUUAAAGACUCGUCAAAAAUUGAAACUUAGUAAAACCCAUUUGAUUGUCUGGAGAAACUCUUCUUAUAUCUGUGUUUCCUAGAGCUGAAUGAAUAUAUAGUGGAAAGUUCUAAUUUUGAGCUCCACAUUUUGUUCUAGUUUUCUUUUCUGAGAGAGACCACCAUAUAAACAAUACUUGGUUUUCCAAAAUGCAGUGGAAAAGUUUCAGUUUUGAGCUUCAAAAUGAAGAACCCCAUUUGAUAUCUGUGAUGAUCAAUGCUGAAAAUAUGGUGUAAAAGAUUUAAUUUUGAGCUUUGCUAAACCCUUUUAGAGUUAGUUCUCUGUUUAUGGAAAAAAAAACUUUCAUUUUUGAGCUUUAAACUUGGGUUUAGUCAUUAUAUGAGAAAACCCCAUUUAUAUACUCAGUGUUAGAUUCUGAGCUCACAACUAUUGAGUAUAAGGGGUGGAGUCUUUGUAGUUGUUCACAAUGGGGGAGGAAAAAACAUCAGAGAAUAGAGUGAAAGGUUCAAAAUUUACUGAUCAAAAUAAGGCACCAAAGGGUAGUAAUAACAGCAAUGUAAAAGUAAAUAGCAAUAUGUCAAAGGUGAGAUCUUCAUGGGGUUCUCAAAUUGUGAAAGGUUUCUCAGGGGAGAAAAAAACUAAGUUGCAAACCACAAUACAUGCCAAGAAAGAACCGGUUCUUGGCAACGAAAACUCGAACCAGAACAACUCUUCUGUGAUUUCCCAGUCAAGAGUAAAGAGGUCUUUAAUGGGAGACUUGUCAUGUUCAGCUACUUCAAUUCAAGUUCAUCCUCAAACUGUUAACAUUCACAGGACUAAAUCUUCCGGUUCGCGUGAUUUAUUCAAUGAAAUUGAUCAUUUGAGGAGCUUGUUGCAAGAAUCAAAGGGAAGGGAACUGAAAUUGCAGGGUGAAUUAUCCGAAUUUAAGAGGAGUUCAAAGGCGGUUGAGCUCGAAAGGGAGCUGGAAUUAAAGAAGAGUGAGAUUGAUAGCUUUGUGAAGAAAGUUGAGUUGCUGGAAUGCGAAAAGGCAGUCCUUUCUCAUCAACUAGAUCAGAUAUCCAAUAGGGAAGAUUUCAAAAGCGUGACUAGUUUGGAUUUGGAAAUGGAAGUUGUCGAGUUGAGGCGCUUGAAUAAGGAGCUACAACUUCAGAAAAGAGAUAUUGCUUGCAGGCUUUCUUCCAUGGAGUCCCAGCUAGCCAAUGUUGGAAAAGUUCCAGAGGAAAACACAAUUGAGAAUAUUAAAGCAGAGGCUUCUCUGUUGAGACACAAAAAUGAAAACCUUUGCAAACAAGUUGAGGGUCUUCAAAUGAGUCGGUUGAAUGAGGUUGAGGAACUUGCCUACUUGAAGUGGGUGAACUCGUGUUUGAGAGAAGAGUUGCGCAGUUGCUCGUCCAUGACAUGUGAUAAGAUUUCUAGCCCUCAUGGCAGUGAGAAAAGUAGGGAAUCACUUUGCCUGUCUUAUGAUCAGAGUGAUGAAGACUCAAAAUGUAGUAGCGCAAGGAGGUUAAGCCUCGUUAAGAAGCUAAAGAAAUGGCCUAUUACUGAUGAAGAUAUGCAACUAGUCGAGAGCCCGGAUAAUAAUGUCAUUAGUCAUAGUUGGGAGGAUACACAAAGUUCUACUCGCAGGCACUCGAUAAGUGGAUCAAAAUUUUGUGUUGAGGACUUGAUAUUCAAUAAGAGAAGGCAAUCAGAUGGCUUUAUGUGUUCCAAGGAAGUGGAGAAGGAGGUUGAGCCUCUUGUUUCCCAACAUAAAUUAACCAAUCCUUUGGAGGUCGAGAAACGCGUCUUGCGGAUUCCUAAUCCCCCUCCAAGGCCUUCAUCUGUAGCUUUAAUUGAACAAGAAGGAGAAAAUUCUGUUCAAGUUUCUGGUCCUCCACCGCCACCUCCCCCUCCUCCACCACCACCUCCUCCAAAACAUAUGAGAAAAACUACAUCAGGCAUGGUACAGAGAGCUCCUCAACUAGUAGAGUUUUAUCAUUCACUGAUGAAGAGAGACUCUAGGAAGGAUUCAUUAAAUGGAGUAGUAUGUGAUUCCUCAAAUGUUGCAGACGUACGAAGUAGCAUGAUUGGUGAAAUUGAGAACAGAUCAUCAUAUUUGCUGGCUAUAAGGGCAGAUGUGGAAACUCAAGCAGAAUUUGUGAAUUCCCUGAUAGCAGAGGUCAAUAAUGCAGUUUAUUCAGACAUCGAGGACGUAGUUGCUUUUGUGAAAUGGCUAGAUGAUGAACUUUGCUUUCUGGUGGAUGAAAGGGCAGUCCUAAAGCACUUUGACUGGCCAGAGAGAAAAGCAGACACACUAAGAGAGGCAGCCUUUGGAUAUAGAGAUCUCAAGAAGUUGGAGAAUGAGGUUUCAAGUUACAAGGACGAUCCUCGAUCUCCAUGUGAUAUUGCACUAAAGAAGAUUAUUUCUUUGUCAGAGAAGAUGGAACGUAGUGUCUAUAACCUUCUUCGGACAAGAGACUCAUUGAUGCGGCACUGCAAAGAGUUCAAAAUCCCCACGGACUGGAUGCUCGAUAAUGGGAUAUUAAGCAAGAUAAAGUUUGGCUCUGUGAAGUUGGCCAAGGUGUACAUGAAGAGGGUAGCUGCCGAGCUUCAGUCCAAGGGACCAUUAGAUAAAGACACUUCCAUGGACUACAUGCUACUUCAAGGAGUGAGAUUUGCCUUCCGAAUUCAUCAGUUUGCAGGAGGAUUUGAUGCAGAAACUAUGCAAGCGUUCGAAGAGCUACGGGGCCUAGCACUUUCUUUAAACAAGACAUAGAAAAGAUUUUUGUGAUGAAGUACAAUUUUGAUAGACGGCUUACCAUCUCAGUAACCAUCAAUGCAAGUAUUAACAUAUGUAUAAGAGAAAAAACAGAAAGGGUCUUGGUGGAAUAUAGGAAACACCAAUGAUAUUCCUUAUCAUUGGUUAUUGGUUCUUGUUUUUGUUUUCAAUUUUUUGCUUUGGGUGGGGAUUGACUCUUGACAAAUGAGUUAAAGUUUGGCUUGGAUGGAAGCAGGAAGAUCUCAAGCUAUCAGUAUAUAGUAUGUGUGUAAGGCUCGGUGCAAAAGCAGUUUGAACUUUUAUGCAAGUUUUCUAUCAAUACUAUUAGGCUUGGGGAAAAGCAGUUUGAACUUUUAUGCAAAUUUUUAUUAAUAAGUUAGAUCUUUUCUAUC